GCCGGCCGCUCUAGCCGCCUCCGGUUCUAGCGUUCUGGUUUCCGGCUCCGCUCUGGCUGAACGCUCUGGCUCCCAGACACGCUCUGCACGUGGAGAGGAGUGCGGACUCCGCGACCCUGCCCUCCACACCCGCAUGUUCGAGGAGCCUGAGUGGGCCGAGGCGGCCCCGGCAGCCUUGGGCCUAGGGUCCGUGACCUCACAGCCUCGGCCCGCAGCAGCCUCUCAAAACAAGGGCUCCAAGCACCGCCAGCUCCUAGCUACAUUACGGGCCCUAGAAGCAGCAUCUCUUUCCCACCAACCCCCUGGCCUACCUAGCAAUGACUCUGAGGAGGAGGAGGUGGAAAGGAUAAAGAAACGCCCCAAAAAGGUAUCGUUUACCAGUGCCUCUGCUGAAGUAGGGGAGAAAAGGAAGAAGAAAUGUCAAAAACAGAGCCUGAGUGCCUCUGAGGAAAGGGAAGUGGAAAGGAAGAAGUGUCAUAAACGGGCUCUUCUUGGCAGUGACUCUGCUGAAGAAGAGAACAAAAAGAGGAAACACCAGAAACAUGCCCCUUCAAACCCAGCCCAGCACCUGGACAGUGUUAACCAUUCAGGUCCCAAAGCCUGGAAGAGUAGUGCUGCAAAGGACCCACCCAAGCCAAACCUUGAGUCCACUUCCCCUAAACCCCCUCAUACCCUGAGCCGCAGGCAGUGGCGGAACCGGCAGAAGAACAAGCGGAGACACAAUAACAAGUUUCGGCCACCUCAGGUGGCAGAGCAGACUGCAGCCCAGGCCCCCACAGAGGAGACAGGUGUGCCUCCUUCCCACAGGCCAGACAGCCAUGAGGCUCGUGCUGGGGCUCUGCGAACCCGCAUGGCACAGCGGCUGGAUGGGGCCCGAUUUCGCUACCUCAACGAACAGCUGUACUUAGGGCCCAGCAGUGCUGCACAACGUCUCUUCCAGGAAGACCCUGAGGCUUUUCUUCUUUACCACCGUGGUUUCCAGAGCCAAGUGAAGAAGUGGCCCCUGCAGCCAGUGGACCGCAUUGCCAAGGAUCUUCGCCAGCGGCCUACGUCCCUAGUGGUAGCUGACUUUGGCUGCGGGGAUUGCCGCCUGGCUUCAAGUAUCCGGAAUCCUGUGCACUGCUUUGAUUUGGCCUCUCUGGACCCCAGGGUCACUGUGUGUGACAUGGCCCAGGUGCCUCUGGAGGAUGAGUCUGUGGAUGUGGCUGUGUUUUGCCUUUCACUCAUGGGAACCAACAUCAGAGACUUCCUAGAGGAGGCAAAUCGAGUGCUGAAGCCAGGGGGUCUCCUGAAAGUUGCUGAGGUCAGCAGCCGCUUUGAGGAUGUUCGGGUCUUUCUAGGGGCAGUGUCCAAGCUGGGUUUCAAGGUCAUCUCCAAGGACCUGACAAACAGCCACUUCUUCUUAUUUGAUUUUCAAAAAACUGGGCCCCCUCGGGUAGGGCCCAAGGCUCAACUCUCAGGCCUGAAGCUUCAGCCAUGUCUCUACAAGCGCAGGUGACCUCUGAAUCUCCCUUGAAAGGGGAGGCAGAACUUGAACUUGAGGCUCAUAAGUCUGAAGAGCAUGAGCCAUAACCUGGUACUACCCUUCCUCCAUCCCAAGAACAAGGUGUGAUAAAACCUCUGGCUCAGCCCUGCUCCUCUGAAGGCUUCUUGGUUACAGGAUGCAUAAAGUCACUUGGGCGAGAUAAAGAAUAAAGAGUUUAUUGUGAGAACAUGGGGA